AUGUUACGGUCUGCAGGUUUCUUCCAGCUUCUCCCCUGCCCCUAUACCAGGGGGUCUGGGGGUUGUGCUCGCCCACACUGCCACUUCCAGCAUGUGUCACCCAAGGUACUCGGGGAGCAAAGUGGAGAUGUCAGUAACAGUCCCAGUGUAUUGGGACCACCUAGAGAAGCCCUGGGUAAAAAAUUUAGUGAACUGGAGAAGCUAAAGAAAGCGAUUGAGACUGUAAAAAAUGAGGUGGAAGAGAGCCAGAAAAAGUUACUACUGUAUACAAAUGUGACACAUACUGUGCAAGACAUACUUGAGGUUGACAGUAAUUGUAAUAUAUUGGAUACCAUUCAAGAUGAAGAGAAAACUAGAACAAAUAAAAAUCAUGACCGUUUAGUCACCUGCUCAAAGAACAAUAAGAAAAAAUAUGUAGUUGACCGAAGCUGUCCAGCUACAGAUCUAGAGUAUGAUCCAUUGCUGAAUUAUACUGCAGGGUUUUUUAGUUCCAGCACAAAAGAAAAUGAAAACAAGACUACAGUGAAACAGAAAUGUGAAGAGCUGUUUGAUAACCCUCAAAAGAAGCCUAGAACCGUAUCUCCAAUAAGGCUUGAAAUAAAACUUCAAGAAUCUGAUGAUGAAGAUAUGCUUGUUAUUGAUGCACCACCACUGGAAGUUGCUCCAAAAAGAAAACGGCCAAGUAAGGUUUCUGUCACUAUAGAGAAACAGGGGUCACUGGAUGAAGCCGAUGUAUCCACAGAAGAAAGUGGAGCUACAAUGGAAUGUGAGAUUUUGGCUCCAGUAGAUGAGGCUUCUGAUACAAAUGGUGAUUCUGAAACGAAUGAAGCAGAAGCUUCUCAUAACAUACUAACCACCUGUACAAAUGAUGGUGCCCAGCAAUAUGAAAAUCCUUGUGAUGCCCAGAUUUCUUUAGCAGAAAAUACAACUUCCAAUGUAAAUGAACCUAAAAAUUAUGGGGCAGACAUUUCAGUAAAGAGUGAAGAAUCUGCUGAAGAACAAACAAAUGAGAUGUUAGAAAAUAUAGAUAAACCGGAUUCAUUUUGCCUACUUUCAGAAAAGUCUUUGGAUUUAUGUGACAAUGAAGUUGUUCAAAACUCUUCAGUAGACUUUGAAAUCACUGAGGAGGAUUCUGCUACCACAGCACUGGACAUAACCGCUGCUAAUACAUUACUUAUUGAUGAGCACAAAUCCCAGCCAGAGACCUUAUACAUACCAAAAAAAGCACACCAUGAAGUCAUUGUUGUGAAUUCAUCAACCGAUGACAGCUCAGAGGAGGACACAAUUUCAGAUUCAGAGGACCCCAUGGAUGAAUGUUUGCGAAUUUUUAAUGAGUUUACUGAAUGUGAAGCAAAGAAAAAUUCAAACCAGCAGCCUGAAGAGCAGCCCGAAGAGCAGCCUGAUGCAGAAUUGCAGGUGAAGGGAAGUGAGCUUUUACCAGGACAGAGAAAAAGAAUUGCACAUCCAUCAGCAAAAUCUGAUGUCAAAGAAAGCAGCACUAUUCUUGUUCCAUUCAGAAGAUCUACCCCACACCAAAUACCAUCCCAAAGGAUAGUGCAAGUUCAUCAGCAAGCGGUACAGAUAAGUUCUGCAGUCAAAAGCGGACAAGCCUUUAUAGCUUCAUCACAGAAGAGAACUGCCAGCAGCAUGUCACCAGCAUUUCACACUUUUGGCCAGAUGGUUUGUUUCAAUUUAGUGGAAGUCCAGCCAUUUUUGCCAGCUAGAAGUCAGAUAAGUGGACAAGGAAGUACACUUUUCACUACUGUAAAAUCUGGUUUCUCUCAAAAAAGAACAAUACAGACAACACCAGUAAAGAUACCAUGCCGCAGAAGGGCAUCAGUUAUUCCCGAAAGCACUUCUAAAGUGCCUCAUGAAACAAGGCAGCGCUACGUUAACUCCUUUGUGGAAGAAUUUUUGAAAGAGUCUUCAUCCGUCCAGGAAGCCUUUGAUAAGGCUUUAACGGAAGAAAAGUCCAUUUAUGACCGAUGUGGGAGCAAGAAUAUGUAUCUUAGCAUAGCUGUUAAUAGCCUUAAAAAGCUCAGAGAUCAACACAAUAACAAUGGCCCAAAAUAUUCAAGCAGGAGGGAAGUAGCUGGUUCACGAAAACAAGAUGAUAAAAACGAAUUGACAGGACAUACUCUUUACAACUUCCUAAAAGAAUACCUCUUGUCUGAGGAUCAAUUGAUAGAAAAUGGGUAUCCCCGACCAAAUCCUGAGAAGCCUGGCAGUGCUUUAAUACCGAAUGCAGGAGGGAAAAAUAUAAACAGUGAUGCUCUGAGACGAGUUUGCUGUCGUUGUGGAGAAGUCUAUGCAGUGACAAUGCAGAGCAAGCAUGUACGUAAAGAAGAGUGCACUUAUCACUCUGGCAGAGUUCGAAAACACAGAGUCCCAGGUGGCAUGGAAACACGCUACAGUUGUUGUGAAGCAGCAGUGGGAGCUCCAGGAUGCCAGAUGGCAAAGCUUCAUGUUCAUGAGGGUCAGAAGGAAAAUCUUGAUGGGUUUAUAAAGACUUUCCCAAAACUCCAGCCUUCAGAUGAAAAUCCCGGCAUUUUUUCUGUUGACUGUGAAAUGUGCUACACUACACAUGGUCUGGAACUAACAAGAGUCACAGUGGUCAAUCACAGCUUACAGGUUGUGUAUGAUACUUUUGUGAAGCCGGACAAUGAAAUAAUAGACUAUAAUACCGGGUUCUCUGGUAUCACAGAAGACAAUCUGAAGAAUAACACAACAUCCAUUCGAGAUGUGCAGGCCAUUAUGCUGAACUUAUUCAGUGCUGAUGCAAUUCUUAUUGGACAUAGUUUAGAAAAUGACUUGAUUGCACUUAAGCUUAUUCAUGAUACAAUUAUCGAUACUUCAAUGGUCUUUCCACACAGACUAGGCUUGCCUCAUAAAAGAGCACUGAGAUAUUUAAUUGCAGACUACCUCAGACGUAUCAUCCAGGAUAAUGUUGCGGGUCAUGAUUCUAUUGAAGAUGCUACUGCCUGUAUGGAGCUAAUGCUCUGGAAAGUAAAAGAGGACACUAAAGGGCGGAGAUAA